AUGACAGUUUUAACAGGUCCUCCAUUUACAUCACCGCCACCAUCAAGCAAUAUGGGCACCUUUGCUCAGGACGUGCCCCGUGCGACUGAAUGCCCUCACUGCCACCAGGCUGUCGUCACUCAGCUCGAGCACACUGUGGGAACUCGGACCUGGCUCAUGUGUAUCUUUAUCUUUGCGGCUGGGGCCUGGCCUUGCAGUUGUAUUCCCUUCUGUGUCAAUUCAGGCAAGGACGUGAAGCACCGCUGCCAAUCCUGCCAAAAAAUCAUGUACUUUUAG